UGCGAACUAUUAUCGUUUCUGUGCGUAGUGAAUUAUUCGUAGUAUAUUUACUCAUCAUACGAUCGAAUCACAAAUAAUACGCAGAUUAUUCCAAUUUACGGGUUAUUGAACUUGUUAUACUACCCCUGAGGGUUGUUCUUGACUAUUCCUGAACGAACCCAACCGCCUCGCGAUGGGUAUGAACGUAAGUCGGCAGGUAGAUUUGGCUGAGAACGAAUAUCUGAAGCGGUUUGUUGGCAAGGAGCAUAUUCCGGUGUACAACGAUGAGUUCUGGAAUAAUUUUCUACAGUAUCACAUCAAUUUGCCGACAAAUAGUCAAGAGCAAUUGAGCCUAGAUUCAAGGUUGGAAUCGCUUUGCCAAAAUUUUAUUUGUCAUAAUUUAUCCACUGGAAAUUUUGGAUCUCUCCUAAGUCUGUAUCUGAUUAAAGUAUCUGAACUAUUAGCUUUAUCAGAUGCUGAGAGCACGGUCCACAUCUGGCAAACAUUCAAUGCACUGUUUGUCAUUCGCUGUUUGAUUAAAUACAUGAUUGAAACUGGGUCGGAAUACCAGUUAUUGCAGCAUUUUGAGGCAACUCCAAUUAAAGAAAGUCUGCAGCACUUACAAGCGGACGGUACUAAAGAACUUGACGGUACAAGCGUUGAGCACGCUUUGACUGUGGAUUCUCGAGUGAUUCUUGACACAAAAGCAGCUGUUGCUAAGUUGGUCGAUGGAAGCAAUUUUGAAACAUUUCUAGAGGCGCUGGUCAAUAUCAUCGUUGUGAUUCCAGUGAAAGAAUUUACAUAUCACCUGCAUCUGGAAGCUGUGAAUUGUUUAAUAGUGCUUCUGUCGGUUAGUCAGUUCUCCCAGCAUGGAACUGAUAAGUCUACUAUUUUCAGAACUAUCUACAAAUGCCAACACGCGAAUACGCUGAUGAGUGCUCUGCUGCAUUUUCUAAGCCGCAUGAUGCAAGCUCCUUCGACCAUGUUCGGAUUUGGAAGCGGUGGUUCGUUUGUGUUCGGAAUAGCCGAGUCUUUGUGGUCUAUUUUAACGUUUGCUCGAAAACAACCAGACAUUUUAGCUGCUCAUGAUCUGCCGACAGCGUUCAAGGAGCAUUAUCCUCUGGCCAAUCAAAGUUUGUUGCUCAUUUUAAUUUUGACCAACCACUGCACAACCAAGGAAAAUCCCUACAGAAUAAGCCUGUUUGGGUGCUCCGAUUCACAAGAUUCCCCAAAAGAUGCAGUGGCGACUUUCAAAAUUGACUUUUCUUCCCUGUACAAUACGUUGUGCCGAAUCGUGACAAUCGAUCAAGCAACGUUGCUUCUCUACCUGUUGCUACAUCGAAACCAAAGAUUCUACAAAUAUGUGAUGGCUCAGCAAAAUUUACAGCAAUUGGUAAUCCCAAUUUUACAAACUCUGUAUCAUGCUCCGGAUAGUACUUCUCACCAUAUCUAUAUGUCGUUAAUUGUGUUGUUGAUCUUGAGUGAGGAUGAUAAUUUCAAUAAAACCGUUCACCAGAUUAUUCUUAAAAAUAUCACAUGGUAUACGGAACGGUCGAUUAGUGAGAUAUCGCUCGGUGGUCUGCUGAUCUUGGUGGUUAUCCGAACGAUACAAUACAACAUGUUAAAAAUGCGUGACAAGUAUUUGCAUACCAACUGUCUGGCCGCCCUAGCCAACAUGUCCGGGCAGUUUCGCUCAUUACAUCCGUACGUGGCACAGCGACUUGUUAGUCUUUUUGAAACGCUGGCUAAGAAACACGUCCGUCUCGAUCAGCAACUGAAGCAGUCCGUGAAUGGGGAAGCCGGAGAAGGAGACGUAACCGUCAGCAUUACGGCACCUACCUCUGACGAUAUGUUACAGGAUCUCUCGGUGCUUGAGGAAGUGCUUCGGAUGGUACUGGAAAUUCUUAAUUCGUGUCUGUCCCAUCAGUUGGUGUACUGUCCGAAUCUGGUAUACACCCUCUUGUAUAAACGAAAUGUUUUCGAGGCCUUCAGAAGUCAUUCGGCGUUUCAGGAUAUCAUCCAAAACAUUGAUAUGGUUGUAGGAUUUUUUUCAUCCAGACUAGUUCGAGUGCAAGACCAGAGGGGUGAACUUGGCGUUAACGAAGUGCUAGAGGUGAUAUCGAAAGGAGCUAGUCAGUGGUCUAGUGAUCGAUUAAGGAAGUUUCCAGACCUCAAAUUCAAAUAUGUCGAGGAGGAUGCACCGGAAGAGUUCUUCAUUCCCUAUGUCUGGACGCUGGUGUGCAAGGCGGGCUGUGUUCACUUUAGUUCCGAAUCAAUCAAAAGUGUAACUACAGAAAUUAGCUGUUAACGGACUGUCAUGGUUGUUUCUUCCACCUGAACUAAACAAUAGUGAUUUUGCAAUUCUUGGUUAUAGUGUAAGAAACGUGCGAAUCCGCAUACUAACAGAUCCUGAACGAAACGUUGUGCAUCCAGCUCUAUAGGCCUAAAACAGUGGCAAAUUCAAUCAAGAUACGAACCCUGUUUUGCAUCGGCAAGAAACUAAAAAAAAAACGUUACAAAUUUGCAGAUACGAAGCAUGUAACCUUUCUGAUACAGUUUGCAGCAUUCCUUGGUUAACACAAAUUGGAGCUAUAUUUAUUUCGUUGAAUAUGUUUUAUUAGUUAUUUUUAUUUUUAAUAUCAAUCAAAAACCAACUUAAACUGUAGAGCAUUUUUGUACAUAGAAAAAAACUUUCCGUUCAAAACAUCCUUACCUUUAUUUACAUUUUUUAAGCAAUUGCAAGGUUCUUUUGCUAUGUGUAAUAGUUUAUUAAUAUUAACGUUAGUUUUACCCAAAAUGA